CAUUGUGUCAUCAAUAUAUAUCAUCCUUUAAUUUCCUCUUUGUUACUUGUCUGUCCAUUUAUUUGCUUAAUUAGCCACUCGAUCGGUCCAUCACCCCCCAUACCAUGAACAUGGAGACAGUUGAAUUGAAAGUAGAGAUGGUUGGAAUACAUGAGAAAAGACUGCGCAAAUGCCUGUCAAAAUUAAGAGGAAUAGAGAAAGUAGAAGUGGAUGGGAACAGUCAAAAAGUGGUGGUGAUAGGCUAUGCUCACAAGAACAAAAUACUAAAAGCAAUAAGACGAGGUGGUCUUAAAGCAGAUUUCUGGUCUGCUCAAAAUGAGCUUCUUCAAGCUUACGCUGCUUCUGCUUCUUACUCUUCUUUCAGAUUUAACAAUUUUUCCUUCUACUAGCUUAUGUUGCUCGUACUCUUCAAAAAUAUUAUAGAAUGUAACAUGUCAAAUCCUCCGAAUGAAACAUUUACACAAUGUUGCUCGGACUCUUAAAAAAUGUUGAAUAUAUAGCGUAACAUAUCCGAACCUCCAAAUAUAUUUUUUGAGGAUUCGACAGAAUACGACAAUAUUUUUGGAGAGUUCUAGCAACAUAACAGUUGAAUAUUGUCUUGUUCUUGAGUACUUACCAUUUUGUUCUUUCUUUUUUAUGUUCUUUUUCUGCCACUUGG